AUGGUAUUGUUCCCACUCAAUGCCCAAUUGCCAGAAUCACUGAAGUACACCCUGAGGUUUUGGGAGAUUGAGGAAUCACCCUCAGCUAAACCCACUCUCACACUUGAGGAGCGUACUGUGGUGAAACAUUUUGAUACUCAUCAUUGUCGUGCUGAGACGGAUCUUUUGUGGUUCCCCUUCCUAAAAGGUCUGGCUGUAAAAGCAUUCUCUAACUCAAGGAAUAAAUUUCACAAAUUCCAAACUGUCAUGCAGGAUUACAUGGAACUGGGACAUCCAGAAUCUGUGCCCAGUAUAGACAUGUACAAACCCCCUGAAGAAGUAUUCUAUCUCCCAAUGCAUGCUGUCUACAAAGAAUCCAGUACCACCACUAAAGUGAGAGGUGUAUUCGAUGCCUCAGCCAAGUCCUCUACAGGAGUGUCCCUAAAUGAUACUCUUCUUGUUGGACCCACUAUACAUCCUCCAUUGAUUGAUGUUCUACUCAGGUUUAGGUCUCAUAUUGCUCUCACUGCUGAUGUCAGUAAGAUGUACGAGCUAUCAAAUUCCAUUGAGGAAGAUCGAAAUCUUCAUCAUUUUGUGUGGAGAUCAUCACCCAAUGACAAGAUCCAAGAUUAUCAUAUGACAAGAGUCACGUUUGGAGUUGCUGCCUCAUCCUUUGCUGCCAACAUGGCAGUCAAGCAAAAUGCACUGGAUUUCUCCCAUGAGUACCCAAUGGCAGCCAAGACAGUUGAGACCUCAUUUUUACGGGAAUGA